CCUCAGUCCUCUCUGUCCCCAGAAAUUCCACCUAACCUCUUCCUGCCUAACUCUUGGCCAUUCAACUCUUUAUUAAACCAAUCACAGCGACACAUCUCCACAUAGUGUAAAGGAAUAUUCCGCAACACCCCUGCCUCCAAGAAAACAGCUGUAAGGAAGUCUGGCCAUAUCCUGUGGUACUUAAAACCAUGGCUGAAGUAACCCAUACAUCUUACCUACUUGACAUUCCAUUUUCCCAUGUAGACAGUGUGAUGGUGUGAGUGCUUGUGACCCAGCCACUCAGGAGGCUGCAUUUGCUUUCCUUGUGCUGACUUUUGUGGCUGAUAAGGGUUCCUGCCAAGAUCUUGGUCCUGGUUGACUCUCAUGCUAGCUAGCUAACCCUACAUCAUCUCUCAGUACCUGUCAUUUUCAAACAACAUUAAUAUUUUCAUUCAGCAAAUCAUCUUGCCUUGAUCUUUUUCCAGGCACUGAUGGGCAGGAAAUGAUGUACUCAGGAAAGGGAAAGGAUUGUAGAGUGAAUUUGUCCUGCCUGUCUGUAAUUUCAUGAGGUGGCAAUAUGAGUCACUUAGCUGGCAAGACACAUGGAAAAGCUAAAUCCAUGUCUAUAAACUAGUGUUUUCCAGUGAGAGAAUGGGAAAUAGGGUAUCCUGGCUUGUGAGGCUGGUAUGGACCUCUGAAACUCUUAGGGCAUUUAUAAAACAUGUUUAAGUUGAAAUCCAGCAGGAAAUGUGGGUCAUGCUGACUUUCCAUAUGAAUCAUUGAUUUUAUUCAUCUCAGAAGUAAGAAUGAGUGUGAUAAUGGAUGGUUCUAAUUAGGCUUGUCAGUGUAUAUAUAAGCUGUUGUGACUGUACAAUCAGAAAUCAUACAUUUAGCCACCAGAAAAAUAAUUUGUUUCAAUAAGAAUAAUAAGAAACUUUUGUGUGUGCUGGGGAAUGAAACCAGGGCUUUGCCUGUGAGCUGUCUCCCUAGUCCUGUUGUUUUGAGACUCGAUCUCAUUAUAUAACUAAGGCUGGCCUUGAAUUCAAUAUGUAACUCAGGCUGGCAGCUCAAACUCCAAUCAAUGUUUUUGCCUCAGUCCAGGUGCUGGAAUUAUAGUCAUGCAUUAGCAUGCUUGGCUUUCUGCCAUCAGUUUCUGAAUGAACAGAGAAUCUAGAGGCACUGUUCUUGGUGACAUCAGUAUAAUGGCUCAUUUUACUGGACCCCAUAACACAAGCACCAAAGUUUUGAGGAGUGGGAGUGCCUGGGCCCCGCUCAGAGGGACUUGUAUAGAGACGUGAUGUUGGAGAACUACAGCAACCUGCUGUCAGUGGCAGGACUUCACAUCCCCAAGCCUCAGGUGAUCUCUUUAUUGGAGCAAGGCAAAGAGCCCUGGAUGAUUGGCAAAGAGCUUACGAGAGGCCUGUGCUCAGCUCUGGAGUCAAUGUGUGAAAGCAAGUUAUUAUCUCUAAAGAAGGAAGUUUAUGAAAUAGAAUCAUGCCAGAGAGAGUUAAUGGGACUUAAAAAGCAUGGCCUUGAGUACUCCAGUUUUAGAGAUGUUCUGGAAUGUGGAAGUCCAUUGGGAUAUCAAAAUGGUCAUUUAAGCCAAGAAAUACUCAGUCGGGAAUACAUGCCCACAUUUGUUCAACAGACUUUCUUUACCCUACGUCAAAUUAUUAAUGAUGACGAGAAACCCUAUGAAUGUAAGAAAUGUAGAAAGGUCUUUACUCAGAACUCACAAUUCAUUCAACAUCAAAGAAGUCAUCUUGGUGACAAGUCUUACGAAUGUAAAGAGUGUGGGAAAUUCUUCAGUUGUGGUUCACAUGUUACUCGACAUCUGAAAAUUCACACUGGAGAAAAGCCCUUUGAAUGUAAGGACUGUGGGAAGGCCUUCAGUUGUAGCUCCUACCUUUCUCAGCAUCAGAGAAUCCACACUGGUAAGAAACCCUAUGAAUGUAAGGAGUGUGGGAAAGCCUUUAGCUACUGUUCAAAUCUUAUUGACCAUCAGCGAAUUCACACUGGUGAAAAACCUUAUGCAUGCAAAGUCUGUGGGAAAGCCUUCACAAAGAGCUCCCAACUUUUUCAGCAUGUGCGAGUUCACACAGGUGAGAAACCUUAUGAAUGUAAGGAAUGUGGCAAAGCCUUUACUCAGAGCUCAAAGCUUGUUCAGCAUCAGAGAAUCCACACUGGGGAGAAACCCUAUGAGUGCAAGGAAUGUGGGAAAGCCUUUAGUAGUGGCUCAGCACUUACAAAUCAUCAGAGAAUCCACACUGGGGAGAAACCGUAUGAGUGCAAGGAAUGUGGGAAAGCCUUCACUCAGAGCUCACAACUUCGGCAACAUCAAAGAAUUCAUGCUGGGGAGAAACCUUUUGAAUGCCUUGAAUGUGGGAAGGCCUUCACUCAGAACUCACAACUUUUUCAACAUCAGAGAGUCCACUCAGAUGAGAGGCCAUAUGAAUGUAAUAAAUGUGGAAAGGCCUUUAAUAAAUGCUCAAACCUUACCCGACAUCUGAGAAUUCAUAGUGAUGACAAGCCCUAUAGCUGUAAGGAAUGUGGGAAGACAUUUAGUAAUGAUUCAGACCUUAUUCGCCAUCAGGAAAUUCAUUCUAAUGAAUAAUAAAAAUUUGUACUUAAGAGUAACUUUCUUUGACACAGUUUGAUUAAGUAUUUAUAUUUUCAAUCCAAAUGCAUUUAACUGUAGAUUAUGAAUUCCAGUCCUACAUUUAUUCUCUCUCACACCAAUGCUAGUUGCUUAUUAGUUCUCCAUUGCUUUGGGAUUUGUCAUGCUGUUUGUAUUUUUCUUAUGUUUUUAGGGCUGUUUUUUGUUUUCUAAACUUUUUGAUGCUUGCGCUAAUAUGACAGUGUUUUAAUUGUGUAACCUUUAAUGAUUUGAAGUUCCUUGUGGAAUUCUUAUGUUGUAUUUAAGGUGGGGUCAUUCUUUUUGCUAUGUUUGAGCUUAUUUUUAUUUGUUAAAAAAAUUAGAAAACUAGAAAAUCGAAAGCUCAGACAUCAAAAUAACUGCUGUAGUGAUUGUAGAUGAUUAUCAAAUUGGUAGAACUAAUUCUGCUAGACUUUGCUUUCUAAAAACAAGUAGUCUUGGUAUUUAUGUUCUUUCAUCUGCUUUUAUCAUGCUAAAAACAUUAUAAUUGCUUUUCCAGCAAUACCAAGUUUAAUGACUUACUUAAUAUCUUUUACAUGAGUAUUAUUCACGUUAUGGUGGUUGCUUCUAAAUUUUUGCAUUUAAAAAAGCUGUCUCCAUUAAUUUGACCCCAAACUUAUGUUUGGAUGUUUGAUGUUUUGUUUCUUUUAAUGCUGAAUUUAUUCAUAUUUCCUCCUUGUAUGCUGUUUUGUUCCUUUUCAUUAAGCCUAAUCCUAAUGUCAUGCCAGAAAGAAAAUUACCGUUAGCAAAGUGUUAUUUUUCCAGAUUUUUUUCCUUAUAUAUGUUAUCAGUAGUUGUGUCUUACUUUACAUAUGCGGUCAUGUGUAUGCAUUGGUUUGCUGUGAGAACUCAAUGAAUUCAUAACUAAGAUCUAUUCCUAGCAUACAGUAUAGGUUUAAUAAAAGGUUUCUCUAUUGUCAUUA